UUUAUUUUCUUCAUAAAUAUUUUUGUUGUGACGUGUUUUUGUAAAUAACAAUAUAUUUUGUGGGAAAAUGUCGUCAAUUUGGAGUAUGGAAGAGGAUGAAGGAGACCGUUUGCAAAGACGUAUAGACAAGAUAUUGGAGACACGAUUGGACACUGAAAAGGAUACACUCGAAGCUUUAAAGGAUUCAUCCAACUUUUUUGUGGAAAAUAGCUUGCAAAACAGGCGCAAUUUGCGUAGCCAGAUAGAGAAGAGAUCCGUUAGUAUAAAUGAGAACUUUUUAAAAUCUUUCCGUGAAGUUAAAUUAAGCCUCGAUGCUGUUUGCAAUGACUUGGAUACAUUGAGCAGCUCGGUGCAAGCAAUGAAAAAUGAUUUGGAAUCCUCCAAGGCCUUGACACAUGACCUUAUUAAGCAAACAAAUGAUUUGCAAGAUCAACGAGAUCAUUUGCAAGUACAUAAACAAGUUGCCGAAGCCUUUUUGGCACGGUUUCAACUAAGUGUCCCAGAGCAUCAAAUAUUAUAUGGUACUUCAAAGGAUUCUGCUAUAAGUCCAGAGUUUUUUGACGUGUUGGACCGCGUACAGAGUAUACAUGCAGAAUGUCGUGUUUUGAUGCAAUGUGGCUAUCAAACAGCAGCUGAAGAUAUUAUGGAAGAGAUGACAUUACAUCAAGAGGGCGCAUUGGAAAGACUGUACAGAUGGACACAAAAUCACUGCAGAAAUUUGGAUAACAAUGAAAUUGGUCCUUUAGUUGUCAGAGCAAUGGGACGCUUACAAGAUCGCCCCGUACUAUUUAAGUACGUAAUCGAUGAAUAUGCUAUUGCUCGUAGAGCUGUGCUAGUUCGUCUGUUCAUUGAUGCUUUGACUGAAGGAGGUCCUGGUGGUAAUCCUAAGCCCAUCGAAAUGCAUGCUCAUGAUCCAAAACGAUACAUUGGAGACAUGUUUGCUUGGCUCCAUCAGGCUAUACCUAUAGAGAAAGAAAAUUCAGCUUUGCUCUUUAAAUUGUGUCAUAAAAAUGAUCUUUCAGAGCAAAUGCAAAAUGCUUUAGCUUAUAUAGCUGACGGUGUUUGUCAUCCAUUAAAAGUACGAGUGGAAACAAUUCUCAACUCAGAGAAAGACACCAUUGUGCUGUUCGCUAUAUCCAAUCUGUUAAGGUUCUAUCAACAAAUAAUGAAACAAGUUGUACAAGGCGGAAGUUUAGAACAGUGUCUUACGGAUUUGCAAAAGUCCAGUGAAGAGAUUUAUCUCAAUUCAUUGUCGAAUCAAGUGCGUACAAUUUUACAGAAAAACGCUACAUCAGGUACAGGUUUAGAGCCUCCGCAAAGGGAUCUUGUGCCACCUUCAAGCCUUGGUCGUUUGUUGAAUUUGCUGAAAGAAAUACUUUCUGUGGCUACAAUGGUUGAUGGUCGUCAAUCGGAUAUAACCAAGAUCAUAUCGUGUAUAAUCGACCCGUUACUGCAAUCAGUCCAGGAGUCGGCCUCUCAUUUACCAACAGUAGAUAUGGCUGUGUAUCUACUUAAUUGUUUGUACCACAUGCAAAGUACCUUGGCCGUCUACGAGUACAUGGACGAACGCGUCGAACGUUUACAGGCGCAAUCAGAGGCUCAAAUAGAUACUCUCACAUCAGAGCAGGCUUCCUCCUUAGUGUCUAAUUUACAAUUAGGUCCAAUUUAUACGAUUUUGCAAACAAAUCAAUCGAAAAUUGAAUCUAAUCUCUUGAAGAUUUUCAUGAACAAAAUGGAAGCGUUUCUUCAAAUGCCUGAUGUAUUGCUGCUACCACAAAUACAAUUAAUCAUGUCCAGCUCCCAUCGUACGGCCGUACAAAAGAGAUCUUUUAACGUCAUUGUUGCAAUCUAUAAGCAAAUCUUCGAACGAAUUCAUGACCCAGAAAAUGGUUUUGAACAUCCAGAGUCAAUAUUUUCAAAAACACCUCAACAAGUGGCAAAGAUAUUAGCAGUUUAAUUUAAAAACAAAAAUCAUAUUUGCGGGGGGAAGUGAAUUAGCCUAUACAUAUAUUUUAAAAAUUGCAAAAAGUUAUAUCUCUGAUGUGUGCAUAAUUGUUAAGUACUUGCAAAUAUAAAAUAUGUUUAUGCAUACAUUUGUAUAUCAGUUUAGUUUCAAACUAAUAACGGAUGUUUAAAUAAGACAAGAAAGCUGUCUUUUACUUUACUUAAGUUUACCCAUUUAGUACAUUGUGGAUUGAUAUACUAAAAGAUUGCCAUAAAGAGAAGAAAAUAAAAUAUAAAUUAAGUAAAAAAGUAUAAACUCAAAAGAAUAUGAAGAACUAGACAAAACAAAUUGAAAGAAAAACAUUUUAAAUUGCUUGAGAUGAAAAACGUACGCGUUCUUAAUAAAUAAAUAGUUUUGAAAAUAAAGCGUAAUUAUUUAAUCGGAGAAAUUAAAAAGUGAUUGCUUAAAUUUUUGUAUUUUGGGGAAAUUUAAAUUUAUUAUUUACUUUAAAUUAUUGUUAUUACUGGUACUCAAACAAAAAAUUUUCAAUUAAUAUACAAAUACAUUGAAGAAAGAUGAGAGAUUUGUUUAGUGUUGCAUACAUUAUGUACGUGGUAUGUGUGUACUUGCCACACAUCAAUCAUUUGCAAUAACAGUGUCAUAACAUUAAAAUUUGUAAUUCUCUGAACAAGUUGAUUUUUUUUUUUUAAAAAAUUGGCGAUUUUUGUGGUGAAAAUGUCAUAACAAAAUAUUCAUCAAAGGUAAGUUCUAUGAUUAUGAAGUUAAUAAAUAAUUAAUGUACAUCAAA